AUGGCGGCGCUGCGAUGCGCACCGUGCGGCUGGAGGCGAGUCUUGGCGGCGGGGGUGCUGAUGGCGCUCGCGCUGGUUGCGCUCGAUAUCGCGACCGACUAUGACGAGGACGACGAUGCGGGCUUGCGACCACGCGGCAUGCUAUUUGAUGAGCUGGAUGAUGACGGCCCGGAUGAUCUCUGGACUUCUCAAUCGUUCUCCUCGCCCACUCUCCUCGCUCAUUCUCGUCCCACCACCGCCCCCCAUGCCCAUGCGCCGCGCGCGUCGCAGGGCGAGCUGGGCGAGAGGGUGCACGCGGUGUGCGCGGCGUCCGCCAUGACGGCGCUGAGCUCGCUGCUCACGCUCGCCGUCUGGCCGGCCGACCGCCACAUGCCGCACGUCCGCUUCUCCCACCUCUUCUCCCUCACGCCGCCCGCGCCCGCCUCCUUUUCUGCCGACACCCCUGCCACGCCUGUUGCCAACGUCACGGCGGGGGCUGGCGGGGGGGCGAGAGGGGAGAGGAAGAGUGCGUUCGUGGGCGGGCCGGAGCGGCGAGUGUGGGUGCGCGAGUCAGCGCUGCCUGCUGCGGCGUGGAGGAGCGGGCUCAACCUUGCCAGGCGCACGUCACUUACCCCUCCUCCACGCGUGCAUGCCUGCGUCCCACCGGGCAGCGUCGUCCACUUGACCUCUGUGCGUGCUCACAUCACAUCACAUCUCAUCUCAUCUUUCCCUCGUGCUUGCCACUCCCACUCUCUCCUACCUCCCCCUAUCUCCGCUUUAUCCCAAACUCCCGCCUCCAACUCCCCCUCCUCCCCCCAUGGCGGCCAGGUGGUGAUACCGGGGUGUCCGCAGGGCUCAACGGCGGAGGCGCAGGGCGGGGGGGCGGGGGGCAGCAGAGGGGGCGGGGGGGGGGGCAGCACGGCGGUGCACCUCUUCCUGUCGCCGGACGCCGUCAACUGGCUCGGCCUCGUGAGCCCCACUCCCUCCCUCCUACCUCCGCUGCCAUCCGCGCACUGCCUCCCAUGCGCACUGCCUCCCAUGCGCACUGCCUCCCAUGCGCACUGCCUCCCAUGCGCACUGCCUCCCAUGCGCACCUGCCUCCCAUGCGCACCUGCCUCCCAUGCGCACCUGCCUCCCAUGCGCACCUGCCUCCCAUGCGCACCUGCCUCCCAUGCGCACCUGCCUCCCAUGCGCACUGCCUCCCAUGCGCACUGCCUCCCAUGCGCACUGCCUCCCAUGCGCACUGCCUCCCAUGCGCACUGCCUCCCAUGCGCACCUGCCUCCCAUGCGCACCUGCCUCCCAUGCGCACUGCCUCCCAUGCGCACUGCCUCCCAUGCGCACCUGCCUCCCAUGCGCACUGCCUCCCAUGCGCACUGCCUCCCAUGCGCACUGCCUCCCAUGCGCACUGCCUCCCAUGCGCACUGCCUCCCAUGCGCACUGCCUCCCAUGCGCACUGCCUCCCAUGCGCACUGCCUCCCAUGCGCACUGCCUCCCAUGCGCACUGCCUCCCAUGCGCACUGCCUCCCAUGCGCACUGCCCCCCCGGCACCUGCCUCCCAUGCGCACUGCCUCCCAUGCGCACUGCCUCCCAUGCGCACCUGCCUCCCAUGCGCACUGCCUCCCAUGCGCACCUGCCUCCCAUGCGCACCUGCCUCCCAUGCGCACUGCCUCCCAUGCGCACCUGCCUCCCAUGCACACCUGCUGUGUAGCAAUGCACCUCGCAUCAGAAUGCUCCUCGUCUUCCACGCUUCCACUCUCUCCAUGCCCUUCCCUGCCUCUCUCACCCUGCCCCUCUCGCCCUGCCCCUCUCACCCUGCCCCUCUCGCCGUGCCCCUUGCCCGCCAGUCGCUGCCGGACGCGUGUGCGUUUGAGCGCGCCAUGGGGGCGUGCAUGGCGGCGCUGCACCCCUCGCCGCCCGUGCAGCAGCUGCUGCAGCAAGAGAACGCCACGCGCCUGCACGCCUCCUAUGGCGUCUUCGUGGAUGUGAGUGGGGGAGGAGGAUGGAGGGAAACGGGGAACGCACAGCUCAACGAGGGGAGGGGGCAGGAGACGCUGGCAGCAGCGGGGUGCAGCGGGUGUCCGAGCAGCAACGGGUCGACGGCGGUGGAGUGUGUGAUGCGGCGCGUGACCAUGAGCUUCCUCAAGGACCCCUCCAAGGGCUUCACUCUCGCCGCCUCCAACCCCCACCACACCGCUGCCGUCGCCGACUUCUUCCACCCGCACCGUGCGCCCGCCCUGCUGCACGCCACGCUGCUGCGCGCCACCACCUGCCCCUUCGGCGAGCACGUCACCGCUGCCCCCGGCCCGCAGAACUUGCCGCCGGGGACCAGUGCAGCCGCCCUGCAGGCACUGCUGGCAGGCGCCGUGGCAGGGGGUGGCGGAGGAGCAGGCGAUGGGGGCGGCAGUGGAGGGGGGGAGGAGGUGGCGGUGCUGCUGCCUUUCAACAACCGCGUCACACCGGAGCAGCUGCUGCUGUGCCUGCAUGCACGGGUGGCGGAGCUGUAUGCGUUGAGUCGCACGCGGGGGCUCAUCGCGGUGAACUCGUCGUCGGCCGAGGCGCGCUUCAUUGCGGCGCACGGCAGCGCUGCCAGCGAGCUCUUCCGCGUGCAGCGAGCCGUGUGUGACUCGCCGCCGCUGCGCCCCAUCACCCACCUCAAGUUCGCUAAAUACACCAUCGUGGAAGAGCGCCUGGGAGUGAUGUACUGCGGGGUGCCCAGUGUGGCGUCCACGGCGUGGCUCACGUGGCUGCGCGCGCGCCUGGGGCUGCCCUCGGAACGAGAGGGCCACGUGGCGGUGGACGACCGCGAUGGCGGGCUGCACGAGCUCGCGCUGCACUUCACCGAGGCCCAAGCCGUGCGCAUCAUCACGCGGCCGGACCUGCUGCGCUUCACGUUUGUGCGCAACCCCUUCUCGCGCCUCGCCUCCACCUUCCGCUCCACCGUGCUCGCCUCCCACCACAGCCUCGCGCCCACCUCGCGCGACCACUGGAGCAAUGCAUUGUUCCGGGCGGUGCGGCCCAUAGUGGAGGCGGUGGUGCGGGAGGGCGAGGGGCAGCUGUCCUUCCCGUCCUUCGUGCGCCUCGUGGGCCGCCUCAUGGACCACAGCCGCCCCCUCAUGGACUCCCGCAUAGCGCCUCAGGUGGACGUGUGUGCGCUGUCGACCAUCAAGUACGACGUGGUGGGCCGCGUCGAGAGCCUGCUGGACGACGCCCGCGCUGUCGUGGACCGCGUGGGCGGCGCGGGGCAAAACGCACAGCUGGAGAUUUUUGAGGAGGACGGCACAGGGAAGGGUGCAGACGCUGAUGCCAGCCUUGCACGGCUGUAUGACAAGGACACAUACGAGGCGGUGAAGAGCAUAUACGCCAUGGACUUCUAUGUGGCGCUCAACAACAUCACACAGCCCGCGCCCCAUGUGCUGCACGACCUGCUCGAGAGCGAGCUCUGA